CCCUCCCCGGUGGUCACCACAAUGGGAGAUGAGAUGAGUGACGGCCGGCGGGCAGACGGGAGCUACGGGCCGGAGUACGGCCCCGUCCCUCGUGAGUUUCAGCACGCCUGGUACCCUCAGUUGCCAUCCAGGACCAGGAGGAGGUCCCCGUGGCCUCUGCAUCAUGGGGAUUACCCUUGGAGGCUUUCGGAGCACAGGUUCAGAAGACCACCUUUCGAGCGCUCCAGUUCCUGGCACCCGUUGCAGCCACCAUUCCAUAUCCACCGUGUCCAUGGCAGCAGCGGCAGUGGCGCGCCCCUAAACCCGAGACACAGGCGAGGAGACGCUGGACUGACCAACGAGGAGUUCAGAGAGGCCAUGGAUCAGCUGAGGAAGGACGAAUACAGGCAGCAGCAGAAGCAUGGCGGCGGCGGCAGAGGUAACCUCCGGACAGGGAAGGAAACCAGUGAAGAGGAGAAGGUCUGCACCAUAUGCCUGGAGACGUUCCUGCCUGGAGAGCAGGUUGCGGUCACGCCCUGCAACCACACGUUUCACCAGGGGUGCAUCGCUCCCUGGGUGCAGGGGCACGGCAGCUGCCCGGUGUGCCGGUUCGCGCUCUGCGAGAGGAGCGUCGCCGACGAAGACGGAGGAGGGAUGGAUCUGGACCUGCUGGCGAUGGUGAUGGCGAUGGAGGAGGCAUUCAGCCGGUUCAGGUUCUCAGACUCCACGCAACACUACCACUAGAUGAAUCAGCAUCAUUCUCAUGAUAAUAAUGUAAAACUCCAGUAUCAUCGGAUAUGUUGCGAUAAUGUAAAAAUUAGAUUGCGAUUUGCUCCUUAUCAUGCAUUUCAUUUCAAAUGUCAGACCAGACCACAUAAUAAUAUAAUUAGUUGCACGAG